AUGGAAGGAUUUCCGAAGAUACCGAGAUUUUUAAAGAAUCCAGGUGGAUGGAUUGACUUUGAGAUUCACUUUUCCGAUGACCUGGUUCAUUGCGCCAGAUACCGCCGCUUGGGCAAGCUGUACAUAGAUUGUGUGCGCUCCGUCCGAAUCAAUGCCAAACUACGCCAAGAAAAUACGAGCAUCGCCGGUCUACCUCCUUUUCCUCCGAAAAUCGUCUUCAUCAACCACCAAAAGCUCGAACGCCGCCGCGCGCUGCUCGAAGAGUGGCUCCAAGCAAUUUCAUCGCUUCCUCAAACUAGCUGUAUCUACCAACAAUAUGCCAAUUUUGUCAGCGAGUGCAAGGCGAAAUCAUCCUCUUGUGUGGAGAAAAAAGAGAUUCAGGUGUUUUUCUUGGAUGGAAGCUUUGUAUCGAUUGUUACAAAUGGAAAACGAUUAGCUGAGAGCGUGUCAAAAGCGUUGAACUUCCCACCCAAUCUCUGUCGAAAAUUUGCCAUCUACCUCCAAAUCAAUACUUCCACUUCCUGGCAGUUGCAUAAAAAGCUCAGAUCUUUCGAUAACGCCCUCGAUUAUCUGAAGCCGAGGACGAGACUUUGUUUCACGAGAGAUUUCUUCUGUCCUUCGAUUGAUUAUGAGCUUGGUCAAUUCGAGGAGGGAUUCCGCUUCUUGUUCAACGAAGCCAAGCAUAACUAUUUAUCUGGUACCUUGAUUCCGCGAACCCAGCUCGACGAUGACUAUUUCAAAAGGUUUCUUGGAGAGCAAAAGGAGGAAAACUUUCUCGAGCUUGCAAAAUGCCAGCCAUACUAUGGCUGCUUCACUUUUGGACCUCUUCUUUGCUCUCUGCCGAAUGAAGAGACAAAGUGUAUUCUGACCAUUGGUGAUUUCAAAGUACGAAUACGGAUCUUUCUCCACAAUGCCUUAGAAGCGACAAUUUCCAUUCGCCAUAUUGCCUACACAAGCGUUUCAACUGAUUCCAUGAGCCUGAAGCUUCAUUUGAAACAAGACUUUCCAAAAGUCUCGUCAAUAAUUUUUACUACAUCUGAUGCUCAACUUAUUUCUUCGAUGAUAUCUUCAAUGCUGGAUCCUUUCUGA